UCACCGGAGGAGGCUCUGCAGUGGCGUGAUUCCCUGGAGAAGCUCCUGCAAAAUCCCUACGGGCUCGCCAGCUUCCGCAGCUUCCUGCGCUCCGAGUUCAACCUCAUCCUUCAUUACACAUUUGCCAGCAAUAAUUCCCCCAGAAAAGUGAAUAUUGACCACUUCACCAAGGCUGUGACCAUGAAGAACCUGGUGGAGCCAUCACCAAGCAGCUUUGACAUGGCCCAGAAGAGGAUCUUUGCCCUGAUGGAGAAAGACUCCCUGCCCAGAUUUGUGCGGUCGGAGUUUUAUCAGGAGUUAAUCAAGUAG